AUGGCUGCUACAUUCACUAUGAUCUUGAUGUGCUUGGCAGUGUUGAAUGUCGCAUUCGCAAUGCCCGCUGCACAGCCAGCCGGAGUGGCGACAAAUGAGGACAUGAAAACUGCAGAAACUUCGUAUUUGCCGUUUUCGUUGGGUUUCGGUGGUUAUCAACGGUACUCGCCUUACGGAUACGGAUACAGAAGUGGUUUAGGUGUUUCAAUCGGUUACCCAACUCCGUAUUCCCACUCAUUUGGUUAUUCGAACGACUACCCGCAAUACCUGUCUCAAUUCAAAUAA